CUGCAGCGCCUGCUGGGGAGCGGGCCGGGCGCGUAGCGGCGGCGGCCUCGCCCCUCGCCUGGGCCCCUGCGCGCCGCCCCGCAGCUCGGCAGCCCCGCGGCCCAGCCAGGUCCGAGCGGCCGCGCCUCCAUGACAUUGGGCGCCCGGGAGAUGCUGAUCCGGAAGAGGCAAUGGCUGCAGUGCUGCACGCGCGGAGCGUCCCGGCCCGCGCUCCGGCCUGGGCUGCUCUGCCAGAGUUUCUGAGCUAACGCCACCCGGGCCUGGCAGAGCCGGCGGCAGCGGCAGCAGCGGCAGCAGCAGCAACAGCAGCGGCAGCAACAGCGGCGGCGGCAGCAGCAGCAGCAGCAGCAGCAGCAGCAGCAGCAGCAGCAGCGGCGGCAGCAGCAACGGCAGCAGCAGCAGCAGCAGCGGCAGCAGCAUCGUCCUCUAACUUGCAUCGUCCUACAACUUGCACGCGCGGGGUGACCCCAGACAUUUCACUAAAAUGAGCGUGCUUAGCAGGAAGCGAUGUGUUCCCUACGCUAGGAAUUACCCCGUCACAUGGAGUGGUGUUCCGAUUAAUGGAUUCUGACAUGGAUUAUGAAAGGCCAAACGUAGAGACCAUCAAGUGCGUGGUGGUGGGGGACAACGCUGUGGGGAAGACCAGGCUCAUCUGUGCCCGGGCCUGCAAUGCCACCCUCACUCAGUACCAGCUGCUCGCCACUCAUGUGCCCACGGUGUGGGCCAUCGACCAGUACCGGGUGUGCCAAGAGGUGCUGGAACGAUCUCGGGAUGUGGUAGAUGAUGUCAGUGUCUCCCUCCGCCUCUGGGACACCUUUGGAGACCACCACAAAGACCGUCGCUUUGCUUACGGGAGGUCAGAUGUGGUGGUUCUGUGCUUCUCCAUUGCCAACCCCAAUUCCCUCCACCAUGUCAAGACCAUGUGGUACCCAGAAAUCAAGCACUUCUGUCCCCGCGCUCCUGUCAUUUUAGUAGGCUGCCAGCUGGACCUGCGCUAUGCGGACCUGGAAGCUGUCAACAGGGCCAGGAGACCCUUGGCUAGGCCCAUCAAGCCGAAUGAGAUCCUUCCCCCUGAGAAGGGCCGGGAGGUGGCCAAGGAGUUGGGCAUCCCCUACUAUGAGACCAGUGUGGUGGCCCAGUUUGGCAUCAAGGACGUCUUUGACAAUGCCAUCCGGGCAGCGCUCAUCUCCCGCCGCCACCUGCAGUUCUGGAAGUCUCACCUGCGCAACGUGCAGCGGCCCCUGCUGCAGGCGCCCUUCCUGCCCCCCAAGCCGCCACCCCCCAUCAUCGUGGUGCCCGCCGCCCCCUCCAGCAGCGAGGAGUGCCCCGCCCACCUCCUGGAGGAUCCGCUGUGCGCGGACGUCAUCCUGGUGCUGCAGGAGCGGGUGCGCAUCUUUGCCCACAAGAUCUACCUCUCCACCUCCUCCUCCAAAUUCUACGACCUGUUCCUCAUGGACCUGAGUGAGGGGGAGCUGGGAGGCCCCUCAGCGCCCGGGGGCCCCCGCCCAGAGGACCCCCGGGGUCACCCUGAUCACCACCACCAUCACCACCACCACCACGGGCGGGACUUUCUGCUUCGGGCCGCCAGCUUCGACGUGUGCGAGAGUGUGGACGAGGGUGGGGGCUCCGGGCCUGCUGGGCUCCGGGCCUCGACCAGCGACGGCAUCUUACGGGGCAACGGGACAGGGUACCUGCCAGGCCGGGCCCGAGUGCUGUCUUCCUGGAGCCGCGCUUUCGUGAGCAUCCAGGAGGAGAUGGCGGAAGACCCUCUGACCUACAAGUCCCGGCUGAUGGUGGUGGUCAAAAUGGACAGCUCCAUCCAGCCGGGGCCCUUCCGGGCUGUUCUGAAGUACCUGUACACGGGCGAGCUGGACGAGAAGGAGCGGGACCUCAUGCACAUUGCACACAUCGCGGAGCUGCUCGAGGUCUUUGACCUGCGCAUGAUGGUCGCCAACAUCCUCAACAACGAGGCCUUCAUGAACCAGGAGAUCACCAAGGCCUUCCACGUCCGCCGGACCAACCGGGUGAAAGAGUGCUUGGCAAAGGGCACCUUCUCAGAUGUCACCUUCAUCCUGGACGACGGCACCAUCAGCGCCCACAAGCCCCUAUUGAUUUCCAGCUGUGACUGGAUGGCUGCCAUGUUCGGAGGGCCGUUUGUGGAGAGUUCCACUCGGGAGGUUGUGUUUCCUUACACGAGCAAGAGCUGCAUGAGGGCGGUGCUGGAGUACCUCUACACGGGCAUGUUCACCUCCAGCCCCGACCUGGAUGACAUGAAGCUCAUCAUCCUGGCCAACCGCCUCUGCCUGCCACACCUGGUUGCCCUCACAGAGCAGUACACGGUGACGGGGCUGAUGGAAGCGACUCAGAUGAUGGUGGACAUUGAUGGGGACGUCCUGGUGUUCCUGGAACUGGCUCAGUUCCACUGCGCGUACCAGCUGGCUGACUGGUGUCUCCACCACAUCUGCACCAACUACAACAACGUGUGCCGCAAAUUCCCCCGAGACAUGAAGGCCAUGUCCCCAGAGAACCAGGAGUAUUUCGAGAAGCACCGGUGGCCGCCCGUGUGGUACCUGAAGGAGGAGGACCACUACCAGCGCGCCCGCAAGGAGCGGGAGAAGGAGGACUAUCUGCACCUGAAGCGGCUGCCCAAGCGGCGCUGGCUCUUCUGGAACAAUCCCUCGGCGCCCUCCUCCUCUGCUGCCUCCUCAUCGUCCCCCUCGUCCUCCUCGGCUGUGGUCUGAGAGCCCCCCGGCCUGGGACCCCGCUGCCAUUGUCCCCUCCCCCACCUGGCCCCUGCCCCUCUGCCCCUCUGCAUCACCCUCACCUCUUCCAGGGACGAGGGGGACCCACGGAACCAGGACCCUGAGGGCAGAGCGGGUCUUGCCGGCCAGGGCGAGAGGGGACGGGGCCCCGCGGUGCAGAGAGACCCCUUCAGGGGUCCCCAGUCCCAGAGCCGGGCCGGGUGGCCGCUGGCGGUGGCGCUGAGCCUCUGGGUUGGGGAGUCGCGGAGGGGAGCCUCCUCCCCAGACUGAGUCCUGCUCCGCACGCAAGAGUCAGGGCAGAGAGGAAACCGUUAAGAGAGCGGCCCCCACUGCCCUCUGUCUGCCCACCCGACGGAGGGCACCCAGGCCUGAGGAAGCUGGGAGAUGGUCGGGCCUCUCCGUGCCACGGAAACGCAUCUCUCCUCUUGCACCGACUCGGAUGGGAGCUCAAGGCGGAGCAGGGGCGAGGCCGGCGGGGGUGCGGGGCUGGAGCUUAGCAUGGCUUCUUAGGCGUGGGGUACGAGUAGCAAAAAAACACAAAACACAAAACCCAAACCCCCGAUCAACAACAACACUACCACUGCAGAGACUCUCCCCCUCUCCUCGUCCCCUCCCAGGAGGAAACUGGAGGAGCCCCUCCCCCCACCCCCUUGUGGCGCACAUCUUCUUAAAGCUGAGGGACCCCCAUGGAGAGAAGGGGAAGGUGAGGUUGCCACCGUCUGUGCCAGCUUCGCCCACUGGGGCUCGGUCACCUGCUGCCCGGCUU